UAGAGGCGACCUUGGUCAUUCAGCUCAAUCCUGCUCGCAUACCGGGGAAGCUUCUCCACUCAGCUGACUACGGGCCAACAAAACUCUUCCUGCUUAGCGGGUUUUAUCGUCUUCUUGGGGUUGGCAGAAAAGGAGCUGGGCACAGGGCCUGCUAUCACCUUCCAUGAGGUCUCAGGCAUGCCCCAGAAUAGGCUGCAUCCCGUGGGAUGGAUAGGGGCUCAAGUUUCGGGAUUCCUAUAGUCCGGCAUCAGUUUGGGUUUCGGUUCCGGUGGGUUUCAAGUCUGAGAACAGCAACUGGCUCAACCUCCGCGAAGGGCGGGCCGAUCACCCUGGCGGCACCAAUCCCAGGCCGUGCCCGCUUGCGGACGGUGGUGGAUCCUGGGUCUCGGACACUUAGUGACGGAAGCACGCGGUCCGGUCAUGCUUGGUGGGACGUUCUGGCUGCUGCUGCUGCUGCUGUUGCUGCCACUGCGACCCCCGGGCACGCAGGGCCACAGCGGUGCCGCAAGCUCGGGGCAGGAGGACGAGGAACCGGCCGCUUGGCCGGGCGUCCAACGCCUAAAGGAGCAGCUGAGGACGGUCGGGACCCUCUCCAGACGGUACUGGGGGUUAUUCAGCUGCACUGUGUGGCCCGAUCACUGUCAGGACCAGGAGGCCCCCGCGCCACCUCUGGGCUGGAGCCUUCCUCUGCAGUGGGGCCGGCGGUCCCUGGAUCGCCUCACCGAGUGGUUCUGCCGCUUUCAGGACUGCUGCACCGGUGGCGGGGACUGCAGGAUCUCCAACAACUUGACAGGCUUAGAAUCAGACCUGCGUGUGCGACUGCAUGGCCAGCAUCUGGCUAGCGAGCUGGUCCUAAGAGCUGUGAGGGGCUACUUAGAGAAGCCCCAAGGAAACAAGGCCCUGGCUCUGUCAUUCCAUGGCUGGUCUGGCACAGGCAAGAACUUUGUGGCCCGGAUGCUGGCGGAAAACCUGUAUCGGGAUGGACUGAGGAGUGACUGUGUCAAGAUGUUUAUCUCCACCUUCCAUUUCCCACACCCCAAGUAUGAGGACGUGUACAAGGAGGAGUUGCGGUGGCAGAUGCAGGAGACCCGGCGGCGCUGCCAGCAGACCUUGUUCAUCUUUGACGAAGCUGAGAAGUUGCACCCGGGGCUGCUGGAGCUGCUUGGACUGCACCUGGAACCCAGGGUCCCCGAGACCCAGGGCGUUGAGCCGCCGCGGGCCAUCUUCCUCUUUCUCAGUAACCUUGGAGGCAGUGUCAUCAACAAAGAGGUCCUAGGUUUGCUUAAGGCUGGAUGGUCCAGGGAAGAAAUUACGACGCAGCACUUGGAGACCCUCCUUCAAGCUGAGAUCACGGCGUCCACAGACAGUAGCUUUGGCUCCAGCCGUCUUGUGAAGGAAAACCUUAUUGACUUCUUUGUCCCCUUCCUGCCAUUGGAGUACCGCCAUGUGCGGCUGUGUGUCCGGGACGCCUUCCUGAGCCAGGACCUCCCGUACACAGAAGAGGCCCUGGAUGAAAUCGCCAAGAUGAUGACGUAUGUCCCCGAGGAGGAGCGGCUUUUCUCCUCCCAGGGCUGCAAAUCCAUUUCCCAGAGAAUUAACCUCUUCCUGCCUUGAAAGUGACUCACUGUGCUCACUGGAUCUGCCAGGCACCCCGGAGUCCAGAGCUACUGCUCCAGCUGGCGUGUAGGAGGCAGACCUAAAAACCACGUGGUGCCUUAAAGACCUACCUUCUAGAUAUUCUAGAAUGCAGGCCAGGAAGUCAGAAAGCCAUCGGGAAGUACAGGUGCCAAAGGAUCCCCAGGACUCCCCUGCAGUCUGCUGGCACCGCAGCUCUCUGCAGGCUGCAGGACUUGAGCAUAGUCUGUGGUCACAGGAUUCUUGGGCUACAGAACAUGGAAGGAUGGGAGAUCUGUGACUCAGUGGGAGUGUGCUCCAUCCAGUCUGUAGGCGUGGGCCAGCUUCUGUGUGUGAGCAGAACAGCAAAGGAGGCCUUAGGUAAAGGGAAAACCACAUGCUUUCAAAACAUGCCAGUGAUGGGGGGGCACGCACCUGUGAUCCCAGCACUGAGUAGGCCAAUACGGGAGAGAGCUCCAGAGGUCCACGCUGCCUGGCGAGUGAGGCCAGCCAGGCUUGAAAAACAAAAACCACGGGUGUGUAGCUAAGGCAUGUUCUGUUCGUUAGACCGAAAACUGUUUUUAAAGGGGCCUUGCUAUAGAAUGUACUAUCUGUAGAUUAAAUUUUGUAUUUUUCUAAUGUUGGCCUCCUUUCUUACUGAGACCUAGUGAUUGGGUACUCACCUGCUUUAGCUUAGGGAGUACUGAGUCCAGCCAUACUGGGUACUUGGUACUCAAGUAAAUGAAGUAAAGCAGCAUGGCUUGAAAGCAGGAUGUCGAACAGCCAACAGCAGCUCACAAAGUUUAAGAGCUCUGCUGCCUAGGCAGGGAUGGAGAUCUAACAAUUCAGACUUCUACUUUCUACUGGGCAUUCCAUGUAGUCUGCUCUAGUAGAUUUCUUGUUCAAGUCAGGUGUUGCGGUGCCUAUCAUCCCUAUCCAGGAGGAAGAGCAGGAAGAAAGCUGGGGCUGCAAAAAAGCCAUGGGGACCCCGUCCCAUCCAGGAGCCAGACGCAGGUUUCUCCCUCACAGGCCAUGUUGACAGUGCUGAACAGGUCGUACUAACCUAACAGAACUAGAAUCCUAGAAAUACCUCAUGAGCACAAGGGCAUACAAGUGGAAAUGCAGAGGAGAGGCUGCAGAAACUUCUAGAAACACUCUAGAACAAUAGAGCAGUGGAGAGAUUAACUUGGAAAAUCCUGACUUGGGACGAGAUCUGAGGAAUGACACCAAUAUACACAUCUCAGCAUAGCAAGCACUGUGCCCACAACUGGCACACUAACAAAUAUCGCAUGAAAAUCAUGAAAAUGAAAUAGCAAGGAUGGCAGCACGCCUGUAAUUCUAGCACUCGGAAAGCUGAGGCAGGAGGCUGCCAGGCUUAAGAAAACCUGGGCUGUCUAGUGAGUUUGAGACUGGCUGGGGCUAUAUACCGAAGACCUUGUCUUGAUUUUUGUCUUUUUGACAAAAAAUACAGCAAAAACUGUCCUUGAAAUCAAUCUGUAAUCCCCAAAUGACCUUGACUGUUCUGCCAACAUCUUCCUAGUGCUGUAAUUACAGGCAUGUGCCAGCACACCUGGAUCUAUUUGGUGACGGGCUCAGACUCAGGGUUUCUUGCACAUUAGGCAAGCACUUUGCUGAUCCCCAGGCCCAAGACCUUGUUUCUAAAUAAAGACAUUGGAUUGGAUGCUAAAAACUAAAGCAAAACUAGGAAUCAGUGAAAAGGCUGCUAGUUCUUCCUUCAUUUUUGAAAUAUAAACAUGACCUUUACCAGCUAAGAGAGAGAAUAAUCCAUAGAAAUGAGGAUAUUACUACUGGUAACAUAGAAAUACAAAGGAUUCAAAAAAACUUAUGAUUAUACACCAACAACCUAGAUUAUGUAGAAUAGACAAAUUCCUGUAUGUUGAAAACCUACCAAGAUUAAAUCAUGAAAUAAACAACCCAAACAGACUUUUAACAAGUAUUUAAGUAUUUCAUACUGAAAUCUACCUUAAUAGAGUUAAAGUCUGAGAAGGGCAUGGUGACACAUGCCUUUUAAUCCAGAGUCAGCUGGAUCUCUGUGAGUUCAAGGCCAGCCUGGUCUACACAGCAAGUUCCAGGAUAGCCAGAGGGGUGUUGAGAAACCCAUUCUCAAAACAAAUAAAUCUGGGUGUGGUGAAACACAGUAGUAAUCUCAGCACCAAGGAGAUUGAGAAAAGGGGGCUAAGAGUUUAAGGAUGGCUUUUAUUAAACAACAAACACUAAUACCAAUUCUAUUGAAACUACCCCCAAAAUUGAAGGAAUACUACCAAACUCGUUCCAUGAGGUAUUACCCGGAUAGCAAAAUCAGACAAGGAUAUAAAAUAAAAACAAUAAAACCCCAUGCCAAACCAAAAAUCUAUAGGCCAACAUCCCUGCUGAACACAGAUGCAAAAAUCCUUAACAAAACAUACAACCUAAAACAACAUCACAACAAAAACAUCACUCACUAUGACCAAAAGGAAUUCUUUACAGGGAUAUAAGGAUGGUUCAAUCUCUGUAAAUGAUUAAAUGUGACCUAUCAUAUUAGCAGAAUGAAAGGUACAAACUAUAUGAUCAUUUCAAUAGAUGCAGAAAAAUCAAUUGAAAAACCUCUUAAUGUUUAAAAAAAAAAACCCAAAAAAUCAAGUAUAAAAGCAACAUGGUGGGGCUGGAGAGAUGGCUCAGUGGUUAAGAGCACUGCAUGCUCUUCCAAAGGUUCUGAGUUCAAUUCUCAGCAACCACAUGGUAGCUCACAACCAUCUGUAAUGAAAUCUGGUGCCCUCUUCUGGCCUGCAGACAGAGUACUGAGAAUACUGUAUAUAUUAAAAAACAACAACAACAACAACAUGGUGCAUACCUUUGAUCCCAGCAGAGGCAGGCAGAUCUCUGAGUUCUAGGCCAGCCUAGUCUACAAAAUGAGUUCCAGGACAGCCAGGGCUGUUAAACAGAGAAACCCAGUCUCAAAUCAAAAAACAAAACAAAAUAAUCAAAAACAACUGGUAAGAAUGAUGCGGUUAUCUGUUAAUUCUAGCACUUAUGUGUGGGCAGGAGGAUUUAAAAAAAAAAUCAGUACUGUUUGUAUACAUUAGCAGCCAAUUAUCUGAAAAAGAAAAUCAAAAAGACAAACUUAUUUACAAUUACAAUAAAAUACUUAGGAAUAAACGUAACCAAGGAAGUAAAAUAGGCUACACUGAAAACUAAAAGAGCACCGGUGAGAAGUCUAGAAACACACUCAUGAUGACCAGCUAGCAGAUGUAAUAGCAUAAAAUGUCCACAAUGCCAAAGUGAUCUAGAUUCAAUGAAAUGCCUAUCAAGACAUUUUUUGGUAGUCUGAAUGUAACUGGUCCCCAUAUUUUCAUAGGGAGUGGCACUGUUAGGUGGUGUCGCCUUAUUGGAAGAAAUGUGUCACUUUGGAGACAGGCUUUGAGGUUUCCUUUGCUCAAGAUACCGCCCAGUGUCUCAGCCAACUUUCUGUUGCCUUCAAGAAGUAGCACUCAGCUCCAGCACAGCUAUCUGCCUGCAUGCCACCAUGCUCCUGAUGAUGAUGAUGGACUUACCACUGAAACCGUUAAGCUGUCAUCCCACUUAAAUGUUUUCCUUUGUAAGAGUUGUUAUGGUCGUGGUGUCUCCUCACAGCAGCAGAAACCCUAAGAUGACAUUUUUCACACAAAUAGGAAAAUGAUUUCAAAAUUUUUAACUACAAAAUCCUUAAGUAGCCAAAGGAAUUCAGAUAAAAAGGACACAGCUGUAUUGUAUUACCUAACUUGAAAGUUACUACAAAGUAUAGAACCAAAACAUCAUGGUACCAACACAAACACACGCCAAUGAAACAAUGCAGAGAAAUACAAUAUAUGCACUUCAAGCCAACAGACUUUUUACAAUGGUAUCAAGAAAGUGCAACAGAAGGGUAGUCUCUGUAAUAAACGGUUUUGGGUAUUGUGGCUGUGUGUAUGUAGAUCUUAGCUCUCACUACAUAUAAAACCAAUUCAAAAUAGAUGAAAGAUUUACAUGUAAAACCUGAAACUAGGAGACAAAUUUUGAAGACCUUGGUACAGGCAAUGUUUUUUGUUUUUUUUUUUUUUUUGGAAAAGACCCCAGUAGCAAAGCAGUAAAGUAGCAAUAAAUGACAAAAGCAUUUCAUCAAACUAAAAAGCCCAAAGGCCAAAUAAACCAUCAGGAAGAGACAACCUAUGUUAGUGACACUGAUUUAUUCUCCAGAAUAUAGAAGGAGCUCAAAGAGCUCAACAAAUAAGUCCAUUAAAACUUCAAAGAAAAGAUAACAGAUGCUCUUCAAAAGACAAGUGAGCUGGAGAGAUAAUUCAGUGACAAAGAGUACUUGUUCAGUUCCCAGCACCUACAUGAUGGCUCACUAUUACCUCUAACUCCAGUCCCAGGGGACCCAACACUUUAUUCUGCACCUGCGGGAACAGGCAUGCAUGCGAUGCAGGCAUACAUGCAGACAAAACACUUAUAGCACAGAAUCUUUUUUAUAUAUAAAAAAAGAGAGAAGUCUUAGAAGAGAGACAAAAGCAACAGCCAAGUAUUCAUCCUAUGGAACAGAAAAGUUAAUCGAACUGUGCACGUAUCAUGCAGCUUUUCCUGCUAAAAACAGUAUGAACAAACUUCUGUUCACCUCUGACGGGCACCAGUGCCGAACCAGAGGGAUGAUUCCAAAUCCAAGUCUACCUUGGUGAGUCAAUGAAUUUAGGAGUGAUGUACAGAAACUUGGGCGAUUUUCAGGUGCUACAUCACCAGAAAGCCUAUCCUAGCAUGGAUAUGACUCAGAAAGCUACAGCCCUGGAGCUCUCUGCUCAACGUGUGAGCAACUCCACCAGUCUCUCCCGUUUGCAGCAACUGAGUGCUCAGGUAGCCUAGAGGAAGGGACUCGUCAAUCUAAGCUGCAUGAGCUCCUGUCUUCCCUCCAGAGGAACCAUGAUUAACUCACAGGACACACCUUACCCCAAUUGGAAAAUUAAGACAACAACCCCUAGGGAGGCUAUGGAAAGGACCUGUAAGACACUACUGGGGAGAAGGUAAACCAGCAGACACUAUGAAGAUGGUAUAGUAGUUAUGCAAAGCAUUAAGUAUAGCUUGGCACAAAGGUGCACAGCUGUAACCCCAGCACUUAGAAGGCAGAGGUGUAGGAUUCAAAACUCAAGGUCAACCUAGACUCAAAAGACCAAGGACUAGAUAUAUCUCAGUGAUAUAUUCCUAGCCUAUGUGGUCCCUAGUACUACAAAAAGGAAAAACAAAAAGCUUUAAAAAAUCUCAGCUAAAACAAAAUUUGAGUUAAAUAUAAAAAUAUAUAAUCUGAAACUAUAAAAUUACCCUAAGAAAACAGAGGGAAUCCUUUAGGAUAGCAAAAGGUGAGAGAGGGAGGAGCAGGGGAGGCUACAGCAGGUGCUGCAGGAAGGAGUUAGAGCUCCUGUCUUGCAUGAGAGAGAUAUGGCCCUAAGUUCAGUACUGCUCUUUCCUCAAAUUUGGUUCCCACGUCCAACAGCUCACAACUGCCAGGAACUCCAGCUCCAAGGGAUCCAACAGUUUCUUCUGGCCUCUGAGGGUACCAGUGCACACACACUUAAAUAAAAAUAAAACUUGUUUUACUAAAAUCUGACUCUAGAUACUUCACCUGGCUAGAAGGGUUUGAGGCUGGACACGGUGGCCCAUACCUGUAAUUUCAUCAUUCAGAGAGGAUGAUUAGGGUUCAAAGCCAGCCUGGUCUAUACAGCAAGGAUAAGGUCAGUCAGGACAAUAUAGUGAGACUAUUUUCAAAAUAAAAAACUAGGAAUGAAUACGAGGAAGUGAUGUUUAACAUAAUUUCAACAUUAUACAGUGUAUACAAUGAUUUAAAACAUCACGAUACUCAAGUAUUUUAUAGACAUUAAAAAUUUAUUUAAAAUACACUUUUCAACAGCUUUAAAUAUGCUACAAUGUAUAACAUUCCAGUGUACACAGAAUUUUGGGAAUGCCGAAAAAUGAACACAAAUCCCACUACAGGGAGUGAAGAGAAUUGGAGUCAUGUAAGACAGACACUGGAGUGCGUGUUCAGGGCAGCACUGUGCCAAGGCGUGAGACGUGUUCAGGGCAGCACUGUGCCGAGGCGUGAGACGUGUUCAGGGCAGCACUGUGCCGAGGUGUGAGACGGAAGCAGCCUGAGUCCAUCAGUAGAUGAUGGGGUCCUGGACAUGGAUGCACACAGAGGGGAGAGCACUGGAGCAUGAGAAACAGUGAUGUGGAUCAAUGUGCAAGACGUGCUGCUCGGAAUAAGUCAGGGUCAACGCUGUCUGACCCCACUCGUGCUGUGUCGGGAGCUCAUCACGUGGAGAAGGAGUACCAACGCCCAGGGGACAGGAGGGCUGACAGUGAAACACCGCUGCUCCUAUCUUCACUGUUAGCUCUUCUGAAACACUCUGCAAGCGAACACCACGACCGAGUUCUUACCUGACUUUGUCAUGAGAGCCGCUGGCCACACUGUCCUCGAUGAAUGUGUACAAAUGUGUCAAAAAAGUAUUGGGACCUGGGAAUGUGGGUCAGUUGUUAAGAGUGCUUAUCAUGCACGAAGUCCUGGGGUCAAUUGCCAGCACCCAUAUGAACAGUGUGGUGGCAUACAACAGCAACCCCAGCAGGGGGAAUCUAAGUUCAUCUUUGGUUGCAUGGCAAGUUUGAGGCCACCUUGGGAAGGACAUAUGCCUGUCUUGUAAGCAUGAAAAAAUAAAGAGGUAAAUAAUUUUGUGUAAAAAUACUCUUUGAGAUCUAUACUUACUCUGUUAAUACAUGUAUCUGCAGUUGUGUUCAGAAUGGAUUCUCAGAGAAUCAAGUCUCUGUGUAGUCCAUACACGUUAGACACAUAACCACACAUGACCUACCUGAUGUCAGCUAGCCCAGGCUCCAGAAGGUGCUGUACGCACAACACUCAUCACAGGAUGCAGAUCUGUAUCACAGCCCACUCCAGAAGGAUGUAUUAGAGGGAUGCUCACUG